UCCAGAUCUACCAACAUGAGGUCGAAGUUCAACCUUAUUCCACUCGCCCUCUUGGCCCUAAGCUUUAUCAAUGCCGCUCCUAUGAGCGUCUUUAGGUCUGACGUCCCACCAGAAGCCCCUAAUAGGUCCAUUCACGAGAAGCCAAUUGAUGCCAACAACAUCACUGCGCCAUACCCUGAAAACAAGGGCUAUGUCUCCAAUGGUGAGCUUCAUGAGGAGCCCCCAAAGCCUCACACUCCUGCCGGCGGUCUCGGGUUGGAUGAGCCCCCUGUGUACCAUCCACUCUCAGAUUUUGACUACCAGUCACUCAGCAUUGCUCUUUACACUGAAUGGAUUGAGCUUGAUUUGUUCCGGUACGCGCUAGAGAAGUUCUCGCUCAAAGAUUUUGAGGAUGCGGGAUUGAGCAAGGCUGAUCGAGAACUUGUCGCUUACAUGGCAGAUCAAGAGGUCGGCCACGCUACUAACAUCUACAACAUGCUCGGCCCUGCUGCGGCCAAGCCCUGCACCUACAAAUGGCCGUUCGAGACUGUCAAGGAGUUUGUCCGCUUCAGCAAGUUGGUGACACGUAUUGGUGAGGCUGGUGUCAUUGGCUUUAUCGAACACUUGAAUUCGCGUCCAUCAGCACAGCUGCUGUUGCAAACAGUUACUACAGAAGCACGUCAGCAGAUGGUUUUCCGCCAGUUCGAGGGUCUCUUCCCAAUGCCAGUCUGGUUCCAAACCGGUAUCACCCAGAGUAUGCAAUGGACCCUUCAAGUUCCCUACAUUGUCUCUUGCCCCGAAAUUAAUAAUAAGCACCCUCUGAUCUGGCAAGUCUUCCCUGGAUUGUUCAUUACCAAUAACCCCAACAGCACAGACCCAAGAUUUGGCCCUGCAAUCUCAACUGACCGCCCACCUUUGAGUGAGGGUGGUCGUGUAGUCGAGUUUGAGUUUGAGAAGCCUGGCAAGAAGAUCGGACCUGAUGACCAAUACACGACUAGCACCAACGCUGGACAGCCCAAGUUUGCUGCAUGGAUCAGUCAAUUGAAUGUUACCUACACACCACUGGACGAUGUCGAAUGGUCGGAGCCUAACGGUGAUGAGUUCAAGGUCGGAAAGGCCACUACAAAGCAGCCCUAUGUCCCAGAAUUGUACCCCGGUCUCACCACUGAGGGUCAUCCAAUCAUCAACGGAACUGUAUUUGUUGCACUUGUUGAUGAAGAUGUCUUUGUCACACCCGCCAAUUUGACCGAGUUGAACCAGCAUAUCGUUGCAGGCCCUGCUCUCUACCAGUCUGGUUAAAAAAAAAAGGAGGGGAAGGAGU